AUGGAAGGCAAAGGAUAUCCUUACUAUCCAAAAAUUGAUGCUUUCGAUCCAAUAACUUCUUUCACAGAAGAAGACAUUCAGAUAUUAUCUAGCGUCAAUAUGAAUGUUAUAAGACUUGGGGUGCUUUGGGCAGGUGUUGAACCUGAGCAAAAUCAAUAUAAUGAAUCCUAUUUACAAGUUAUUAAAGGUAUAGUUGAUAAAUGCAAUCAAUAUGGAAUUUAUGUAUUGUUGGAUUCUCACCAGGAUGUUAUGAAUGAAAAAUUUUGCGGGGAGGGCGUAAAUGGCGGUAAGGCGUUUCCAAUACCAUUUGGUUUUCCAACAAGAUACGAUGCAAAUGAUGUACCCACCGGUAGUGCAUGUAAGAUAAGCUGGCCUCUUUUAUAUUCUACCAGUGCAGUAUCAAAAGCUUGGCAAAAUUUUUAUGAUAAUUAUAAAGGAAUAAGAGAUGCAUUCAUUAACCAAUGGUUAAAGAUUGUUGGAUUAUUUAAAGAUUCAAAUAACCUGCUUGGUUAUGAUUUAUUGAAUGAACCUUGGGCUGGUGAUGUUCUUGGAAAACCUUAUUUGCUUAAAGCAAGUGUAGUUAAGCUUAGGAAUAUAGGAAUAAUAGGAAAUAUAAAUUAUAAAAAACAACAAGUCAUUCAAAAACGUCACACUAGCUUAUAA